AUGAAGGGUGAAAUAAAGCAGCCUGCCGAACUGGAAGUAGGGAAUGCUACUGCUUCUGAUAAACUCGCUAAUGGGUUCCCCAAUGAGGGUGAUGCCCAAAAAGAUGUUGAUCAAUUGACCUUAGAGGAUAUACGUGAGCAGAUACGUUACAUUGAAAAGGCUGUUGCAACAAAAGAACUUAAUUAUAUCAGUCGAGUUGUACGCAGUAUUGUUCCGUUGCGCCGAAAACUGAACCACAAUGUCCUGCGAGGUCUGGUUCAAGGCUACUUCCCCAAUCCUUCACCCCAGAAGACAUACUUUAUGGAAUUCUUGCCUGAGGCUAUGGAUACAGACUGCUCAGUAUCGCCAUUUAGACCGCGUUCAGGAAAAGCAAACACUCCGUUAUUGCCCGAGGUUGAGGUCUAUCUCCACCUGCUACUGCUUAUUUUCCUGAUUGACGAACAUCAUUACGACGAGGUGAGUAGAUCAUGA